CCAUGCAGAGAUAUGUCUCCAGAAUGCUUGAAGCAAUCCUUGCAGAUGGCAUUACCGGCCUUUGCAAAUGGCAUUCCUGAGCUGGGUAUAGAAGCCCUCGACCCCUACAUAUUGAAGGAACUAAGUUUGAAACUACCCGGAGGGAUCGAUAUAGCCUUUAGUCACGGUUACGCCAAAGGACUAAAGAAGUGUAUUGUUGAUUUUGCAAGGUACGACGAAGAUACGUUUGAAGCGCAACUACAUUGUAAUUUGACCAUUAAAGGAAAAUACAAGUCUUCUGGGAGACUUCUCGUGUUUCCUAUUGAUGGAGACGGAGAGUCUACUAUUAAGUGCAAUAACAUCAAACUACACGCUAUCCUUAAGCUGGGAACACAAGUGAAGACAGAUGGACAAAGUUACUUAUAUGUGAAGAGUUCUAGUUUCGAUCACAGCUACGAUGGGAGAGUCAGCUAUAGUAUGACAAAUCUUUUCAAGGGAAGUCCCGAAAUAAGUAAUGCAGUUCUGGAGUUCAUGAACAGCAAUUGGAGAAUGGUAGCCGAAGAAUUCGGUACUCCUAUGGUGGAUUACGGCGUGAAUUCAGUACUGAAAAAUAUUAGGAGGCUCUUCGAAGUCGUGCCUAUUAAUGAACUGAAGAGACUGUAAAUUGUGCAAUGUGUUGCAAAGUGAAACUUAUGUAAUUUAAUAUACUAUGACAUUAGUUGGUAUACCUAUUCUUGUCGUUUUAUACUUACAAUCCUUUAUGAGUAUUUUACAAAAGGUUUGUUUGUGGUAAGCCCAAUGUACUAUA